AAGAAAAGGCACAGACACGAUCGUUAAGUCUCACUCUCAACACCUUCGAACCCUAGCACAGCCCCGUGCCGUCAACUGUCAACCACCCUCCGUCCACCGCACGCGCACCUCGCCACCAACAUCCAGCAACUCGCACCAGAACAGCACCUCCCAUCGUUGACGCACAAAGUAGCAGGCCGUCGCACUCGCGCCCUCCCGUCCACAGUCGCAGUCGGACCAGCCACCAGGUUGUUGGAGCAUUGAUGGGAAAGAUGUGCAAGAAUAAGAAACAAGCUGGUGGGCAUGGACCUCCAAGAGAGCAAACUGAUACACAGGAACAAGAAAUGGACAUAAGGAAGAUUAUGAAAGAUGUUGAAAAUUUUAGCUACUCACAUAUGUCAUGGAAAGAACGCAAAAAGAUUGAAAAUAGGAAUGUUGUUUCUCUUGGUGGGAAGCCCCAAAAGAAUCAGAGAUUACCUUUAAGUGUGGCUCGACCAAUGAUGAAGAAACAAAAGGAGAGGGAGCAGAAAAUGCUCCAAGAGCGUUUGAUUCUUGGACAAUUUGGGGGAAAGCUUGGUGGUAGCAGUAAAAGAUCUGCUGGGAAGCACAAGCCAGGAAACAGGGGUCUGAAAUCAAGCGAAGGUCAUUUUAGAAAUGGCAUACUCAAUGUGAAGCAUUUGUUAAAUUCAACAGCAUCAAGAGAUCGUGAAACUGGAACCAAUAUGUCCAAUACAUGGAAAGGGAAAGGUGGUAAGAAGAAAAAUGGCAACAAGGGUGCUGGUGGUAAGAAGCACCGUUCAGCGCAUCCUUGUGAAUAACGUGUUUUGGGAAUAUGGAGGAGUCCUUUUUAAUAUGUAUGACCCUUGGGUAAGCUUUUCAGUUUUGACAGAGAGUGAAAUGGAUAGAAUAGAAAACAGGACAAUAAUGUCUUGUGUAUUCUGAUAAUUAUAAAAUUUGAACAAGACCUUGUGUCUUGUUUUGAGUUUUUGUGCUUAUCAAACCCACUAGGACAUUCGGCGUAGUACAAUGGAAUAAUAUAUAUUCUUGUCCUGUUUGAAGUGUA